AUGGCAUUCGGUUCUGUAACUCGGAUUCUAGUUGGGCUAUUGUCUACCUCCUCUUUUUCAUCCGUCCAGAUUCCAGAUGGCCUAUCUAUUGACGAUGCUACGAGGCAGUACCUCGAGUUUCUGUCUGCGGAGAAGUUAGUCAAAAUCCUUGCAAUCUUCCAGCAAGCUAUGGGCGGUCAGGUUCCCGCAUUGCCCGAAGUGAUUGAAGCUCAGCAGCUAUAUUGGAGCUACGAUAGGAGUCCUUCUUUCUAUUCAAUACCACAUGCCACAGUGUUAGACGAUUGGGCCGAUGCUUAUCAGCAGGCAUCAGCAGUGGUAGAUCAGAUGACCAUUGAAGAAAAGGUUUUCGUUGUAUCCGGACAGACGUCCACCAAAAUUGGAUACGCGGGCCAAAUACCUGGAGUUCCUUGUCUUAGAUUUCCUGGCAUAUGUGGAAACGAUGGUCCCAGCGGUCUCAUGACAUCGCUGGUGUUAACGGCUAUCCUUCUGCCAUUACUAUUGGUGCGACAUGGAACAAAACGCUGGCCCUUGAACGUGGUUAAUUCAUGGGCCUGGAGUCUAAAGUGA